AUGCUUCGAGUGGCCUACCAAAGCUGCGAGACAGAUCCCCGAUGUAGCGUCGAGGUCGCGCGACACCCAGGAGUACCCAUCAGCUACGCAUCUUCCGAGGAUGUGGUCUAUGGGUCCAUGGAGCCCGGCCCAACACGAAUGCAAAAGUGUGUCAUUGUCAAGCACAAGAACCUGCCCAUCCUUCGGUUAGAGGUAGCUUCCCUCGAGACGUUGGAGGUAGAAGCAACAAACCCCAGGGAUGGUCGAAGAUUGGCCAUUGGAGGUCGGUACGCCCAAAGCAACGAAUGGCAGUUGCAGGCAGAGCCGGGAGCGGAUGUGCUGCUCAUUCUGUCAUGCGUCCUGGCGGUAGCACGCUUGUGGCCUGCGGCCACGGAUGAGCAGUCUGGCCAGUUCCAUGGCGAGCAGUGGAGUCUUCCUGGCCUCCAAGCUGCGCAAAGCCAUCAAAGCCCUGCAGCGGGUCCAAGCCCUGUGGUAGGCUUUAGCCCUGUGGUGGGUCAAAGCCCUGUGGUGGGUCAGAGCCCUGUGGUGGGCCCUAGCCCCACAGUGGGCCCUGGCCCCACCGUGGGCCCUAGCCCCACAGUGGGCUUUAGCCCGACGGUGGGCUUCAGCUAG